AUGUGGAGACGAACAUAUCUACUCCUCCUGGUGAUCCGUGUUUACUUUGCCCUCUCCCCCAGUUAUCUUCAUCCCGAUGAAAACUUCCAGGGGCCUGAAAUUUUCGCCGGUCGAAUCUUUUCCUUCCCCUCCAAAUUACCAUGGGAGUUUGUCGCCGAGAAGCCGAUUCGCAGCGUUUUCCCAUUAUGGCCGACCUACGACGUGCCGAUGAGCCUGUUGAAAUGGUUCUACACCGAGACCGGAACCGCGAAUCCUCCCCCGCAGCUGGUCUACCACCUGAUCCGCGGGUGUAUGUUUCUGUUGAGCUUUGUGCUGGAAGACUGGGCGGUUUAUGAGUUGGUGCCCUUCCCGCGCCAGCGUCGCGCCACGGUGGUGCUGGUCGCAUCCUCGUAUGUCACCUGGACGUAUCAGACGCACACCUUCUCCAACUCCCUUGAAACGUUGUUGGUAGCCUGGGGUCUGGUUUUGAUUCGUCGCAUCGUGGAGAAUAAGAGACGCUCUUCGCUCUUCUCCUGCGCGGUUCUUUCCUUUAUCGCUGUCGCCGGUGUCUUCAACCGCAUUACUUUCCCAGCCUUCCUCCUUUUCCCAGGGUUCCAGUUACUGCCUCAUUUCUGGCGCAAACCUCUGUCCCUGGUUUGCUUCGUGGGGUUCGGUCUCCUGUUCUUCGGUAUUGCGGUCCUGAUCGACACGGCCUUUUACCACCCGUCCGCGUCGUUCUGGGCGGCGGUCUACGACCCGGUCAUCACGCCUCUGAACAACCUGCUAUACAACACCGAUCAGUCGAAUCUGGCUCUCCAUGGAAUCCAUCCUCGAUACAAUCACUUCCUAGUCAACCUACCGCAACUUCUCGGACCCGCCUACGUGACGAUGAUCGCCUCGUCGGUGUUGAGUUUCCCGGCUGGCUUCUCGUGGUUGAAAGACAUGCGCGCCGUUUCAGCCAUCUCGGCCACGGCCAUCCUGUCCCUCUUUCCGCACCAGGAACCCCGCUUCCUGAUCCCAUGCAUACCCCUACUUCUGAGCUGCUUCCGCAUGGGCCCGUCCCGUCUGUUUCUAGCCGCGUGGGUGAUCUUCAACGCGGCCUUGGGAUUCUUGAUGGGGGUCUACCACCAAGGGGGCGUGGUGCCAGCUCAGAUCGCCAUGCCGUCGAUCAUCUCCACCAGCGCCAUGAAGGCGUCCGGCGGGGAACUUCCCAGCGUCUCCGCAACAGUGCUCUGGUGGAAGACCUACUCCCCACCCCUGUGGCUCCUCGGAGACAACAACUCCCUCCCGCUGGACAUCGAAACCAGAGACUUAAUGGGCAUUCCGGGACUUCAGAUGGCGCAGGAACUGGAAAAGGCAGUCCCAUCCUGCCGGUCCAUCAAGGACUCCGACAAUGCAAACCACCCGGUCUUCGUCGUGGCGCCCAAAUCUGCCACCUUCCUCGACCGAUAUAUACCCCCGUCAGCGGAUGCGUCCGACCUCCAGCUCGUCCAGCUCUGGUCCUACAGCAAACACCUGAACCUGGACGACCUCGACUUUGGUGACGACGGGGUCAUUCCCACAUUGAGACGCGUGAUUGGCCGUCGCGGUUUGGCCGUGUGGAAGGCUGAGAGAACCUGCGAUUGA